AAAGAAAUCCUCCCUACCACCUGUAAAGACAGACAUUUAAUUUUUGCCGGCAUCAGUGUGUUGACGCACUUCUGCUCGCUGCAAUUCCCAGUAUUGUGACCUCCAGGAAACCCCCAGCCUGUGCCACUGCUCCAUGCUCUCCCGCAGGAUCGACCAGGUUGUGUGUGUGUGAGUGACCUCUCCCCCUCCCCCUGUGACCUCUGAACCCCAGUCAACCGUCUCCCCCUCCCUGAGGUCAGACUGUGAUCCAUGGCGCUGAAGAAGCUUCUGGGUUUCGGGAAGCAGUUGCUGAGGGUCAAGGUGGUGGACUGUAACACAGAAGACUCCCGUCUGUCCCGAUGCCUCAACACGUUCGACCUUGUGGCCCUGGGCGUGGGAAGCACGCUGGGCGCUGGCGUCUACGUGCUGGCCGGCGCCGUUGCACGAGAGAAUUCAGGUCCUGCUAUUGUGCUGUCUUUCCUGAUAGCAGCCUUAGCCUCGGUGCUGGCAGGUCUGUGCUAUGCUGAGUUUGGAGCCCGUGUUCCCAAGACAGGCUCAGCUUACCUCUACUCCUAUGUGACCGUAGGGGAACUCUGGGCCUUCAUCACUGGAUGGAACCUCAUCCUCUCCUAUAUCAUUGGUACCUCCAGCGUGGCCCGAGCAUGGAGCGCCACCUUUGACGAGUUGGUAGGGAAGCGCAUAGAGCAGUUCUGCAGGGAGUACAUGUCCAUGAAUGCACCGGGUAUAUUGGCAAAGUACCCUGACAUGUUUGCUGUUCUCAUCAUAUUCACCCUCACAGGUCUGCUGGCAUUUGGGGUCAAAGAGUCUGCGAUGGUGAACAAGGUUUUUACGUGUAUCAACGUCCUGGUCUUGCUGUUCAUGGUGGUCUCUGGCCUGGUCAAAGGUACUCUGAAGAACUGGCAGCUGGACCCUGAUGAGAUUCUACAUGCCAAUUAUUCGAGUAACUCCAGCCUCAAUCUGACAGACAUCCUGCCGACCAGAGAGAGUUUAGGAGUAGGCGGUUUCAUGCCGUUUGGUUUCACAGGCGUCCUGUCAGGAGCUGCUACCUGCUUCUAUGCCUUUGUCGGAUUUGACUGCAUUGCCACCACAGGUGAAGAGGUGAAGAACCCCCAGAGAGCCAUCCCCAUCGGCAUCGUAUCCUCGCUGCUCAUCUGCUUUGUGGCGUACUUUGGGGUUUCUGCCGCCCUCACCCUCAUGAUGCCGUACUACCUGCUGGACAGCAACAGCCCUUUGCCUGUAGCUUUUAAAUACGUGGGCUGGGGAGGAGCCAAAUAUGCUGUAGCUGUAGGCUCUCUUUGUGCUCUGUCGACUAGCCUGCUGGGUGCUAUGUUCCCUAUGCCCCGCGUGAUCUGGGCUAUGGCCGACGAUGGGCUGCUUUUCAAGUUCAUGGCCGAGAUCAGCCCCCGCACCAAAACCCCGCUAACCGCAACCCUCACCUCUGGCGUAGGGGCAGCUAUCAUGGCCUUUCUGUUUGACCUGAAGGACCUGGUGGACCUGAUGUCAAUAGGGACGCUGCUGGCCUACACAUUAGUGGCUGCCUGUGUCCUGGUGCUCAGGUACCAGCCCGAGCAGCCCAGCAUGAUGUAUGAGAUGGCCAGUACUCAGGAUGAGGUGGAGCUGAGCGACGGCAUCAGCGUUCCCAGUAUGGGCAUCCUGCCUGGUGUGGAGGAGAGAUUCAGCUUCAAGACCCUCCUGUUCCCAGAUAACACCGAGCCGUCCACACUGUCAGGCUUCGCUGUCAACAUCUGUACCUCUGUCAUGGGAACGUUGAUCCUGGUGUUCAGUAUACUGGCAGUGCAUGGAGGCGCUGCGGUGUGGAACAUCGUAGCCCUCAGUGCCAUCUUCAUGGCGUGUCUCCUCAUCACCUUUAUCAUCUGGAGACAGCCUGAGAGCAAGACAAAGCUGUCCUUCAAGGUUCCGAUGCUACCCUUCCUUCCAGUGAUCAGCAUGUUUGUCAAUGUCUACCUGAUGAUGCAGCUGGACAGAGGCACUUGGAUACGGUUUUCUAUCUGGAUGGCUAUAGGUUUUGUGAUCUACUUCGGCUACGGCAUUCAUCACAGCGCUGAGGCCGCUCUGGCCCGCUCGUCUCCAGACACGGAGAUGAACAAGUGCAGACACAAUUCAGAUGCGUCGCCGGAGAAGGAGGCCUUCCUGCACAACGGCAUGGAUGACAAGGAAGACGAUGAUGAUUUGUAGGAUGCAUUAGAACGUGCUGCGUACAUUUCGACCUCCCCUGAUGCCAGUUUGUCUGUGUAAGAGUAUUUUUGACGACUCACUUGCAGUGCUCCCUUUUGGGGAAAGUAAUGAUAAAUAACUUUGACCCUGAAUUUCACGAAACUGUGACUUUCCCUCUUGACUGCUGGGUAGAAAACAGAAAGCUGGUGGUAGUACUCAAAAGCAGAGCUUCUUGAGCAAUAAUUGACAUGUCCUAUUGUUUCAGUAUUUUGUUAAAAGCUAGUUACCCCUUUUGUUUGGCGUUGAGCUCCACAUGCUUUGCUGUAUGAGAGGGGAGGGCUCAUGGUAGAGACCCAAAACAUCUGAGUUUUAAAGGGAGGUUGAGUUGAACUCUAGGUUACAAUACUGGCUGUAGGACUGUGUGCACAUGUGGUAACAUCUUUUGUCUACGUGCCAGAAACAGAAAUACUCAAUGUGUCUUUCUUUCUGUUAAAACAAAACUACUGUACAUGUCUAAUUCUGAAGAAUUAGAUGACAAUCAGUUUUGAACACAGAUUGGUACAAAUGGCUACAUACUAUCAAACCUGCCAACUCUUUUGUAAGUGUAGGUGAAAAGCUGCUUUAACAGUCCUCCCUGACAAGUGAGAACUUGCACAAUGUGCUGCAAAACAUGAUGCAAAUACCCCUGUUCCCUAGCAGAAAAGGGUGGUCGGGCCAGUGGCUGCACAAACUGCAGGGAUCUGAAGCCUACAGUGUCCAUGAGUUCGAUACCAUCUGAGGUCCCAGGCUUUUACUUGUAAGUGUGGUAUAUUACUGUGGUUAUUCAGUAUGGACCUGGCUGCAAAAUAUGCUGAAACUGCUGUAUGAAGAAACAUAUUGUGUUGGACAGUUCCUUACUGUGAGUUACAGAUCUAGUCCUUACAGAAGAAUUUUAAACUCAAGCAAUCUGACUAGUUUACCUGAUAUCUGGUUUUAAAUCCUCUCCACAAUAAUAAUGACAGUUGUUAAAAUACACAUAUUUUUGGAUAUUUAAUACCCUUUGUAAAUGAAUUCAAUCUGGGUGCUUCAUGAUGAGCAUCAGGUGGACAUGGACAGUUACUGACCAUCAGUUAAUGUCGUGUAACAUUAGAUGGUAGGGAAUUUUCACAGUGCUGGCUGCUGUGUGUUUUUGCAUCUGUAGCUUGUAACAUUUAGAUUCUCUUCAAAAAAAAAUUAAACAGGCUGACUUUUUAUUUCUUGUUGUGUUACAAUUGGAAGAAUGUUUUUGUUCGCAAUUUCUUGUCACCUUUUCUCAUGUUUAUGAAUGUCUUUAUAUUACCUGCCUCGUCAAACACGUCGUUACCAGUGCGCCUUUCAGAUUAUGAAUCUGAUUCGAUUUCAUAUUUACAAUUAACUGAGAGCCUGAUCAGGUAGAAGUUUGCCACACUUUUACAUUUGCUACAUCAGUUUUUAUUUGUCAUUAAAAUAUCUAAUGCUUUUAGAUGUUUUCUCUUUUCAUAAACAUAAAAGAGUACUCCACUGGUUUAGGUUUGCUCAUAGCAUCUUCUUCCUUGUCAAAGCCUAGCAUACUGCACCCACAGUGCAACUUGACCGCCGACAGUUCAAUCAGUUUGUUAUGCUAUAAACGAAUGAAGCUUGGGUCCGCUAGAAUCAAGCAGAGAUUAGGAGAGGGCUACAGAGGUCUGGUAAGCUCACUUCUUUCUAACUCCAAACCCUUCAUGGGACCUUCAUUUUAAAACUUAUAGUUUUCAGACUUAACUGACAAGAUGACUCAAGUGAAGUCCCCUGAGGCAAUAUAUAUAAGACUUUAAACGUACCUUGUCAAGUAAAAUUGCUGGAGUUCCCCUUUAACGAAAAUUCUUAGUUUAAAUGCAGACCAAUGCAUUAACACAUAUCAUGUUCCCAUAAGUUUUUAACCUUUAAGUGCAUUCUCUGUGGUUAUGGGAGUUAUAAACAUGUAUAAUCAACAUUGUGUAUAAAAUAUAUUGUUUAUA